GGACUUGAGCGGCCGGCCGCGCUGAGGGCGGAAGACAUCAUGUGGCCUAUUUUGUGGAGUGCCAUUCGUAUGUAUGCUCCCUAUAUAACCUUUCCGGUGGCUUUUGUUGUCGGGACAGUGGGCUACAAUAUAGAGUGGUUUAUUCGUGGGAACCAACAACAGCCGGUUGAGGAGAAGAGCAUUUUUGAAUUGCGUGAAGAGAGGAGGCUGGCUGAGAUUAUGAAUAAAGACUGCACCCAAGUUCUAAGCUUGAAAGAUAAACUUGAGUUCGCCCCGAAGGCAGUGCUGAACCGGAAUCGGACAGACACAAGCAAUCGUAGCUAGCCUGCAACAACUGAAGCAAUGGAGCAAUGGUCUGUCUCUGAAGUAGAGCUUCUGGAGAUUAGUGGGGCAAUGUUAUUGAAUGUAUACACCUGACUUGCCACCGUUCAUGUAAGGUGUCCUCCUCGAGCUUGUUGCCUGGAUUUUUAGUGGUGAAAAUCCUCCAUUCUCUAAAAACUAAGAAGCUCCUAUGGUUGUGUAUUUAAGUGAAUUUCUUAGAAUUGCAAUUCUUGCGCAAAAUGUAUCAUUGUAAGUCAGUGAAAAAGUCUGAAUUCAUGGCUGCUUGUGAAUCUAAUUAAAAUGCAUUA